AUGGCCAACCAAAGCACCAUCACAAGAGAAUAUACUAUAAAUCUCCAUAAAAGAUUACAUGGUGUUCAUUUCAAAAAAAGAGCUCCAAAAGCUGUAAAAGAAAUUAGAAAAUUUGCUACUUUACAUAUGGGAACAACUGAUGUUAGAUUAGAUCCAAAAUUAAAUGUUGCAUUAUGGAAAAGAGGUGUACAAGGUGUUGAACAUAGAGUUAGAUUAAGAAUUUCGAGAAAAAGAAAUGACGAAGAAAAUUCAAAAGAAAAAGUUUUUGCUUAUGUUGAACCAGUUAUUGUUCCAACUACCAAAGGUUUACAAACUGUUGUUGUUGACGAAGAAUAA